AUGACUGAUUUAACGUUAACCGAUAAUCUGGCUUUGGAAUCAGCAGCGACCGAUAUUCGACUUUUCGGUAAAUGGCCCGGUGCAGAAGUACAAAUUUCGGAUAUGUCACUCGAAGAUUAUAUUCUUGGAGCAAAACAACCAAAAUUUCUUCCACACUCAGCUGGUCGUUAUCAAGUGAAACGUUUCCGAAAAGCAUCAUGUCCAAUCGUUGAACGUCUUGUAUGUUCAUUGAUGUUUCACGGACGUAACAAUGGCAAGAAAUUAAUGGCUGUUCGUAUUGUUCGUCACACAUUUGAAAUCAUUCAUUUGCUUACCGGCGAAAAUCCACUUCAAGUCCUUGUCAACGCUAUUAUCAACAGUGGACCACGUGAAGAUUCCACCCGUAUUGGUCGUGCCGGUACAGUACGACGACAAGCUGUCGAUGUUUCACCAUUACGACGGGUCAACCAAGCAUUAUAUUUAAUUUGCACAGGUGCACGUGAUUCAGCAUUUAAAUCAGUUAAAACAAUUGCUGAAUGUCUCGCUGAUGAAUUGAUCAAUGCCGCUAAAGGUUCAUCAACAUCAUUUGCCAUCAAACGUAAAGAUGAACUUGAACGUGUUGCUAAAUCCAAUCGUUAA